AUAUAUAUAUAUAUAUAUAUAUAUGCAGAUGUGUUAUAUCUCGUAUCGUUAAAAGCCACCUAAAUUGCGAGAGGUAUAUUUGGCAAAAAUGGCAGAGUCGGCGAGCAGGCAAAAUUUACCAUCGACGAGUAACCAACCAUCCGAUGAGAUCUACUUAGAGACUCACACCUGGCAUGAAAAAUAUUUUCACAUGAUUGACAAGUGGGGACAUAAAAUUCCACAUUAUUUAAGUUACAAGAGCCUUAAUAGAAAAGCCAGUUACAAAGCUAUAACAGAAAACUGCCUUUUACAAGAUAUUUCUUACUAUACCUGUAUCGAAAUAGUAGGAGAAAAAAAUUGGUUGGGAGCAACUUUGAAGGAACAUUGUGAUCCGAAAAAAAUAUUUACAGCAAAGAUGUACACCAAUGGUCAAAGAGAAGGUACAAUAAUGUUCUUUAAAAAGAAUGGCUAUCCACAGUUCCCUAUUGGUAAUGUGAACUUUUUCUGGAAGCUAAGCGAGACAAACAUUAAAACCAUUUGGAUAUGGGUACAUCCUGCUUUUUAUAGUGAUUUUCUUAGUGAGAUUAUAUCCAGUUUUGACUUUAAACAGAAUAACGUGGGACAAGGUAGAACUGACAUUUCACACAAUUUAAGUGGUUGGUACACAAAUGACGCAGGCUGUGAAAUGCGUGUAUUAAAAUAUGCAUUAAAUAGAUUCAGACUUUCUGGGCCAACAGCUUUAACUGUACUAAAAGAAGCAUUACAUAUACCAUCCCUAACUGAACUAGAUUUGGAUUCGGAAAAUUACCCUAUGACAGAAGAACAGGAUAGCUUGUUAUGUGAAGAAGAAUUAGAUACAUCAACAGAUAGUAAUGUCUCUGUGCAACUUGUGGAGAAAAUGGUAAUUGAUGAAAAUGAAACAUAUACCAAAGAUUUGACUAUACAAGAUCUUAAGGAAAAAAUGUGGCAUACUAAUUAUUAUAAAAAAAGAGAAAAUAUAGAAGCUUUUAAGAUACAAGAGAUAAUGUGGCAAUUGAUGAAGGUUUUGGGAUCACCAAGUUGUCUGUUAUCGAAUAUGAUUAAUGGAUUAACCGUUUUAGAUCCACGCUUUUAUUUACCUGCAAAAAGGACGAGAACUGAGAUUCCUCUUUUUUCUGAAAACUUACGUUGUCAUUUACCAUAUAACUUAAAUCGUUCUCCUAUUUGGGAUGCACAAAUACGUCAUAUCGUAAACGAUUCUUGUGUGUCCACAAAUACAAUCGAAGAAUUUAUCCGUGUAUCUGGUGUGUCUAAUAAUCCAUAUUUUAAUAAGGAUGCAAAGGCCAAAAUACCGAUACUUCUUGUACAGAAACCUGCGGUAACUUCUUUAGGUUUAGGUUCCAGGAUAGAUAUUAUUAUACCAUCUAGAUGGGCAAUGGCAUUUUGGACGGCACUUUUAAUGCGAUCUCCAUUAGUAGGCGGACUUCGAGAAACCAAAUUAGUAGUUUUUGAAAGUUUAGGACCAUAUGUACCUGAUAUUAAUGAUCCCGACACUCCUGCUUACAUGAGAGAAGCGUCGACAAGAAAGGAAGAAUUAACCAAUGAAUAUUUUUCUCAUUCACCAAUCCAAAGAGUUAACUUUAUCAAAUUUGGCAUUUGGAGUCCUUUCUUCUGCGAUUGGAAAAAUUUAACCAAAGGCUGGUCGGGCGUUGAAGAUUUUUACGUUUUGAGACACUUUAGACUUUUAACACUUUUAAGAACGCAAAUUAAUAUUAUUGAACGUGAGAAUACGACGUCCGAAUCAACUGUGCAACAGUCAGAAUUCAAUUUUCAAGAAUUCGAUGAAUAUCAAAAUUGCCUGGUACAAGUCAAAUUGUCGAUAUUGAACAAAGGAACGUCGAAAGAGUUCGCGAUCAUAUGUAUGCCGAAACUCGAAGAUUUGCGAAGUUUCGAAAAUAAUGAACAUUAUGACGGGCCUGUCCAUAAACAUAACGCCAAUCCGAAUGAAAAUUCCAGCACAAAAUUACGUAGAAUACGCUCGAUGAAAUUGAAACGACUAAGUCAGCGCAGAGUUAAACGGAAGAAAACAUUCCAAGAGUCCGGAUCUCAGAGCUGUUUUCCCCACUCCAAGUGCAUGGUAGCGGUUGAGCGCCGCGACAAUCCACCAUCUAUGAUCUAUGCCGGUCUUAUGAUGAUAACAAAGGGACACCAUCCUCUUACGCCUACUGUUCCUCUCUUACUCCUCUCGCGCGAACUAUCGCUCUUAAGGAGCGCUCAGGAUCAUCCGCGUCACAAAUGUAACGUGGCAGUAUAA